AUGUCCCAUCCGACUUCCUCGCCGGACGUAUACCUUCGGAGACCACACAUAGAGAGCGCCCCAUCGUCCUCUGCGUCUUUGCAGUCUCUGAGUAAACAGGAGAAAUACAGGAUUGGUUCCCGUACAGUGCCCCAGUCCCUCGUCAAUACCGAACAUGUGAAGGCCCACCUUGGUCUGCUAGCCGCCUUCAAGGAGUUAAGGCAGAGGGUCGAGACAUGCCCAGAUGACUACUUACCGGAUAUCGCCCAAUUCCUCGACGGCUCGCAGCGAUGGGCCUGGUUCCACCGUUGGGUGAAAUACGUUAAGCGCACCGAACUUGCCACAUGGGUGACGGAGGAGGCACCACCUCUAGAUGUUCUGAUGAUGUGGCAUGCUUACAUGCUCAAUCCUACGUGGUACGCUGAAGACUGCGAUCGCAUCGCUGUGUUAGGGACGUUGAGGCUACUCAACAGCUAUUUCAUGCCGGCUGUGAUACUCAUGGGCGACCUGACACUUUAUGAGCCCUGUGAAGAGCGAACGCUCACCUGGUUCGAGCAAACGGACACGCCAUUCGACCCUCUGGCCUCUAUGAGCUGCUUGCUGCACCGCGCUACUCGCUGCCCUGGAUGCGGAAGAUUGAAUGACGUUCCGUUUCUCAACGAAGAUGGCUCUGGCUACCUACAGCGGAGUUUCCGCUAUAUGUGUAUAUGUGGUCUAUCUAUAACCAAGACCGCGCUCGCCAUGGACAAGUUCGCAGAUGAUCUCGUUGCGAAUCAUCGCUCGAACCCGAGGCAACCCAGUGUAUACCUUGCUGGCACACUCCACACUCGAACUAACCCCAGAGACUGGAGCCGCGCCGGGGAGAUCAAGAAUAGACUCGCCUUUCACGACUCGCUCCGCGCUGUUUCUAAGAUGUUGCGCACCGAGUGGAAGCACUCGAUCAAGGAGAAAUUUGGUUAUUCCAUCUCAAAUCUUCCACAAAUGCUAGUAUUGAGCAGAACAAUGAACGCUUACACGGACGACAGGCCAUUCUCCGUCGACCUUGUUGCCGCGGUUCUCCGGCAAGGCACGUUCAUUGAUGCGAUGGACAGCUUGGGGUGGUUGACGCCAGGAUACUUCGACGACAACCAAAACGCGGUUCUCUUGACCCAUGCGCUCGCGCGCUAUCACGCGUUCCUCGACCUGCUAUCCUCUGCGUCAUCCCCCUUUUUUGUGCCCACGCUCGACAUAGACAUCGUAUGGCAUACACAUCAACUGAAGGGUGAUGAGUACACGAAGGAAAGCAAGGAAUUCGUCGGAUGGUAUGUCGACCACGAUGACAGGGUAGAGGAGAUCUACCUCGCAAAUGGCCUCGACGAGACAUGCCAUGCAUGGCAGGAACGCUUCGGCAUGCCCUACAUGCACUGCGGCUGUCCGCUCCCAGACGAAAAGAUGAGCAGCAAGCUCCAUCAAAUCACCCGCCGCCUCGGGUCGUCCAAGAUCCGCACCCGCGCCACGCACGCGAGUGAACACGACGCCGUGCGCGCGCGCCGCAACCACCCCGCGUACUUCACCGACCCGCACGAGGCCCGAGCGCUGGAGCUACGGCGGCGGCGGGAGCGCGACGGGCGGCGGGUGCUGGAGGGCAAGAUGGACGAGGAGCUGUACCGCCGGGGACAGAUGCACAUCAGCACGUAUCUCAUGCCGUUGCCCGGCGCACAGGUAGGCCCGGGGCCGUCUGAGCAAUGGGCUGCACCGUGUGUCGUGACGUUCCCCGGGGCUUUUGGGACGACGGGGGUGGGAGCGUGCAUCGCGGGUGUUAACCACUAUGUGUGA